UUCAAAACCCUCCAAACAAAAACCCUAUUCAAUUUCGCAAUAAACCAAUGGCGGCUCAACCCAAACGAGGCGGAGUUUCCCUACCCGAGAGGCGAUCAGCCUCCAAGCCCGAAUCCAACAUCCUCGCCCGGAUCACUUCCUCCCCCAUCGUUUCUCGUGGUAAGCAAGCCGCGAGCGACGCCUCUUUCGUCUCCAAGAAGCUCAUCCGCAGCACCGGGAAAGCCGCCUGGAUUGCCGGAACAACAUUCUUGAUCUUAGUUGUCCCUUUGAUCAUCGAGAUGGACCGUGAGCAGCAAUUCAUUGAGCAUGAGCUGCAGCAAGCUAGUCUCCUCGGUGCCCCGCCCACUGCACCCGCCAGUAAGUAAACGGGUCGGAUUGUG